CAGUGUUGUCGUGCAAUGCCGUUUGGUGUGGUCGAGCGCAUUGGAUACGUCGGAGUAUUAUUGGAUGGCAGUGACUCGUAGAAUUCCAGUCUUACUAGCAACCGUUCUCACUGCGCAGACAAAAGCACUCUCACCUGACGAAGAGCCAAUGUUAAUACUAGUUUAUUGACUGUCGUGCCAUCGGAAAUAUAGCACUGGUGUAACUGGUGUAAUACUACGACGUUGCAAUCAGAAUUGGCCGUCUCCAUUGAACGCUAACAGUGCUGCGAAUUGUGCUCGUCAACUGACUGUGAAUUGAAGACAAAGUUUUGAUUUACUCGGGUGUGUUUUAUCAUGUUCUUUUCCAAUGCCCUGUCUGCUUUGCAGAAACACCAAGACGAUCAAGAGGAUGAAGAAGAGGACGUCUUUCAACAAGCAAGAGAAGUGGUAGCGGCUAAGACCUACAGCAUGGAAACGGCUGUCCGAUACGUCUACGGUCAAGGUUUUGGAAUGGAUAUCAGUGUUCUUACUGAUGAAGAGAAAGAGGCCAUCGAGAGGGCAAGAUACUGCAGACAACAAUUGCUCAGAUUGAAAGCUCGCCGGGCAGCCCAGGAAGCUGGCGAGGCGGACAAUUCGCAGAUCCUCCAACAGGAAGAAGUGGAAGAAUGGCUGGCCAAUAUUGAAUUGAGGUUACGACAGCAGAGCCGGAAGCUGGGAAUCUCAGCCGCCGAAUUACCGAUUUGGAUUGCACCUCAUCUGCGUAGAGACUUGAAAAUCGGCAACAUCGCUUCGGCUGCCAAAGCAGCUGCUGCUGCAAUCAGGUUAAAAUUAAGCAGCAACGAUAUGGCAUCAGACGGGUCAUCAUCGAUCGGUGCCACGUCGAAUACUACUCCUCGGGACAACGAGAAAGCGGCUGCUAUCGCCGCUCUGACGGACCUCAUGGAAGAACUGGAAGAACUCAGCAUUACGAGUCGAGACAAUCAAAAGGAUAAACACACGCAACCUCAGGCUGGAUCAAAGAGAACUGUACGUUUCCAAACGCCAAAUUCAUCUCCGUUCCAGACACCUCGGUCACAAGCUUCUGAACCUGGAGGUUUGAUUGCUUUUCAUCGUAAGAAUCGUCUGAAAAAGACUACGUCAGAAGAGAGCAAAGUCCAACAACCUCAGCCGUCCAACACGAAGCCAGUUCCAGUGCCAGCGCAGCAACAGCAGCAACCCCAGUUGGAGCCACAAUCUUUGAAAACCAGGGUGUCGGCAUUGGCAUCAUCCGAUGUCACGAGACCAAGCUCAUGUCCGGGACGUUCGCCUAGUGUUAGAGGGCCGGAGAUUCCACCACAAUUGCAGCAACCAGCCGUCAAAAGCAAAGGGCCCACCAAGGGAUACGUAACCCACCGAAGAGGAUCAGAUAACAGCCCAUUAGCGCAGCUCUAUCCCACAUGACGCUAACUGAUGUUCCUAGUCUGUUAGAGCACCAUUGAAAAACGUGUAUUUUAAACACAUCGAAAUAUUACAAAAAUUACAGUCAUGCAAAUCAA